GCCAUGACACCACAAAGUGAAAGUAUGGCAGCGUCCGUUGAAGUGGAAUUAAAGUUCAUCACGUUUGCUCCCUGUAACGCACUUUACCAUCACACAAACUUCUACACGAAUAUGUGUCCAGUGCACCGUGGUCAUACGAUGUUUAUCUUUGAUUUGCAGAUUGACGCGCGCGCAGGGAUUUUGGGAACGCGCAGGGAAAACGGGUGACUUAAAUACGGAACAUCCUCAGCAAUGGCUGCAGAAGGAAACCCAGACCCUGAAUCCAGUGAUCAGGGUUUGGAAGAAGAGCUUGUGUCUUUGAGAUCACAAGCAGAAGCGCUGAGACAGGAGCUGAAGACAUGCAAGGAUGAACUUCAGAAGUUACAGAAGCAGCUCAGUCAGAGCGAACGACUCCAGAAGACGACAGAAAGCUACAAUGAAGAUCUCAGACAGCAGGUUGAUAAACUGAGUGCAGAAAUCCAUGAGCGAAAGAAGAGAGGGAGGGAGAAAAUGGAUGCUGAGACUCAAACGGAAGAGUAUACAUGGACAGAGACAGAUUACUAUAAUUAUUACUAUGGCGGGUACUACCAGCCAGGAACAGAGACAACAGCAGAAGCACAGGAGAAUGUUGUCAUGGAAACUCGAGGAAAUUGUGAACACACUGAGGAGCAUCACAUAACAGCCGAAACGGCACUAGCCAAUCCUGAGCUACCAAAUGAAUCAAGUGAUUUUCCACAAACAGAGGAGGCCUCUGGAGAAGGCGGCUCUAUAGCAGACAUGCUGAGAGCAACAGCAGAGGAAGCGUUGAACCAGACCAACUUUGUAUUUGAUGAAAGUUCUGGCAUGUACUACGACCACAGCACUGGAUUCUACUACGACUCUUCCAGUCAGCUGUACUAUGAUGCUAACACAGGCAUGUACUAUUACUACGACCCAGAAAGCGGAAAAUACCAAUUCCACUCUAGGAUAGAGGUGCCUACAGCACACCCCGAAGUGGAGCAGACGCCACAGAGGAAGACCAAAGAUUGGAAAAACAGGAAGUCAGUGAAGAACACAGAUAGAGCUUCCUGUCCUGAUGGAGGGGACCAUAAAGAGGCGGAGCCUGAGAUUGUCAGACAGUCUGAAAACCACCACAGAGGUAAGAAGGAUGAUUCAUCAUCACUUAAAAAAGGACGAAAGUCUCGGUCCCGAAGCCCACAGCAACCCAGCAGCAAAGAACGAUCCAGACGGACCAAGAGUCGAGACAGAAGCAGAGAUCGCUCUACAAAAAGAAAGAAAACCCGGAGGCGGAGCGACUCACAUUCUGAUGACUCACACAGCAAGAGUCGGGGAGAAAAUGGGUCAAAUUCUGAUGACACCCACAGCAGAAAGAGAAAGAAGAAGAGGAAAGAGAGGAAGAGAUCUAGUUCUGAGACCCGCAGAGAAAGGAAGUCACGCUCUGAUAAUGUGAGCGGUGAGAGCGAACCGGAAGAGGGUGAGAUCACAGAAUCAGAUGGAGAGAAAGAACUUUCUUCUGCAUCUUCAUCGUCCUCCUCGUCUGCAUCUCCUGUCCAACCAGAACAUGACAGUCCUGAGAGCGAAAUGGAAACGCAGAUGCAGGAAGAAGCCUGGCCGCCGUGUGUGCGGGUAACUGUGGUUCGCUCUCCUGUGCUGCAGACGGGGACGCUCUUCAUCCUCACGGCGGAUACAAUCGCCACCAUCGGCCGAGAGAAAGACAUGAAUCAUGCCAUCAGAAUCCCCGAGAUGGGAGUCAGCAAGUCCCAUGCAGAAGUGUAUUUUGACCAGGAGCAGCAGUGCUAUAUGCUGAUAGAUCAGGGAAGUCAGAACGGCACCGUCCUCAACGGGAACAGAAUACUGCAGCCCAAAGUUCGCUGUGACCCUUGCCCUCUGACCCACGGAGAUGAAGUGAAAAUGGGAGAAACGGUUUUGUCUUUCCACAUCCACAUGGGAACAGACACAUGUGACGGCUGUGAACCAGGACAGAUCAUUGCACACCUGAGCCGCCAUAAGAAAGAUGACAUCUCCGGAGCUGUUCUCAGUAAAGAGGACAAGGAGCUUCAACGACAGAAAGAACUGAAGAUGAUGAAGGUUAAAUAUGGUCUUAAAAGCAGUGAUUAUGAGGAGCAGAAGGCCCUGAAGAACAGCAGAUAUAAAGAUAGAGCAGAAAACCGCCGGCAGACAGUCGGGAGCGAGGGAACGUUUCAGCGAGACGAUGCUCCUGCUUCUGUUCAUGUUGAAAUCGGAGAUGAAAAUAAGGGUAGACAGAUGCUGGAGAAGAUGGGCUGGAAACGAGGAGAAGGGCUCGGCAAGGACGGAGCUGGAAUAAAGGAUCCGAUUCAGCUGCAUGUGCGCAAGGCUCAGUCCGGUCUUGGUUCUGGAGCUGCCGCAUCAGUAGAGGAUGCUUCACUCACAAAAAACAAAAACCAGCGGAACUGGCAACGUGCGCGGGAACGCUUCUCUGACGCCUGCCAGGCUGACUCCGCCCAUCCUGAAACCGGCCAAUCACCUAAAGCCUGGGUCAAAAGUCAGGACACAGAGUGACUACUUUGAAUCUGACACCAGACAUGGCCAUUAUUUGGCUAACUUUUCUAGUCAUUUCAGCAGAAGACCUUAUUCUUAUGAGGUUUGUAAAUAGAUGCUAGUUUGUUUUAAAGAUUGCUGGUCUGAGAGAGUGUGUUUUUGUUUACAGUGAAAUUCAAAAACAGAAUAUCUUGGACAAAUAAACAAUAAAAAAACAGUACAUGCAUUCCAGUUUCUACAUUUAUAUUAGAUUUGCGUACUGCGUAAGAAUUUGUACAAAAGGUUCCAUCCAACAAUACAGUAUCUAUAAAUGCAUAUGUUUUUACAGUCUAUGGUGUAUUCACAACCAUACAGUCUAUGAUCACAACAACAUUUAUCAGGCGUCUACAUUGUCAGCUGAGGAAAUUAUAAAGAUAAAACGAGUGUUUGUUUUUUGUUUUUUUGUUGUUUUGGUAAUUCUGAAACUUGAAAUGUGGAGUUAUCUGCUUUUGCUAUAAAACACAAACUUUUAAUUUAUGAAGAAAAACAUACUUUCAAUAAACUUUAAUUUUGUAAGUUA